UUUUUUUCCCCCAUACACAUACAUGUGUGUGUUUCAUUUACACACUCUUCCUUUAAGUCCUACACUUCCGCCCUGUCUUUAGAGCUCGACCAGGUAUAACACAGCCCACUGAUAAAUAUAGAGGGAGGGAGGGAUGAAGCAGGAAAUUCAUUCUCUCUCUCUCUCUCUCUCUCUCUCUCUCUCUCUCUCUCUCUCUCUCUCUCUCUCUCUCUCUCUCUCUCUCUCUCUCUCUCUCUCAGUGUGUGGGUGCAUCACGAUGGCAGAGGCUUGUAUUUUCGUAGACCAGUUUUUUCCGGACCUGUACAAAUGUCCAAUCUGUCUGGAUCUCCUGAAGGAUCCAGUGACUCUGCCCUGCGGUCGCAGUUUCUGUAAGGUGUGUAUUAAUGCCUUGUGGGAUCACACCGUCGUCUGCAGCUGUCCUCGAUGCGGAGAAACUUUCACACCAAGGCCUGUUCUAGACACGAACAACAUGCUGGAGGAGAAACUGAAAUAUCCUGAAGUCCAAGCUGCUUCUGCUUCUUUUUAUCAGACCGGACCUGGAGAUGUUGAGUGUGAUCUCUGCACCGGGAGAAAACUCAAAGCCGUCAGGUCCUGUGUGAUGUGUGUGGCCUCGUUUUGUGAAACUCAUCUCAAACCUCACUAUCAAGUACCUUCGUGGAAAAAUCACAUGCUACUUGAAGCCACAAAAAAUUUCAAAGAGAAGAUCUGCUCUCAGCAUAGCGAGGUGCUUCAGACGUUCUGCCGUACUGACCGCAGCUUAAUCUGCUGUUUGUGUAUGAUGGAAAAACACAAAGGUCAUUGCACUGUUCCUGCUGCAUCCGAAAGGGCUGAAAAACAGAAUGAGCUACAGGAGGAGCAGCUGAAAUUCCAGCAGAGACUCCAGGAGAAGCAGAAGAAGGUGCAGGAGCUGAAACAGGCUGUGAACACUAUAAAGCUCAGUGCACAGACAGCAGUGGAGGACAAUGAGAGGAUCUUUACUGAGCUGAUCAGCUUCAUGGAGAAAAAGUGCUCGGAGGUGACGGAGAUGAUCAGAGCUCAGGAGAAGGCUGAACUGAGUCGAGCUGAACGACUCCUGGAGCAACUGGAGCAGGAGAUUAAUGAUCUUCAGAGGAGAGUCACUGAGAUGGAGAAGCUUUCACACACACAUGAUGACAUCCAUUUCCUCCAGAGUUUCCAGUCUCUUCGUGUCUCUUCUGGACAUGACGACACAUCCAGCAUCACUGUCAGUCAACAUCUCUCAUUUGAUGGAGUGAAGAAAUCUCUCUCUGACCUGAAAAAGAGACUCGUGGAAAUCUUCCAGGAGGAAUUCAUCAACAUCCCUGGACGUGCUGCAGAACUUCAGAUAAUUUUACCCUCAGAACCAAAGAGUAGAGAUGAUUUCCUGCAUUAUUUCUGUUCUCUGACUCUGGAUCCAAACACGGCGCACCGUUUCCUCAUUCUGUCUGAGAAGAACAAAGUGGUGACAGACAGUAGGGAACAUCAGCCGUACUCUGAACAUCCAGAGAGAUUUAUCGACUACAAUCAGGUGUUGUGUAAGGAGAGUGUGUGUGGACACUGUUACUGGGAGGUGGAGUGGAGCAGUAAAGAUUGUGUGUAUAUCGCAGUCUCAUAUAAAGACAUCUGCAGGAAAGGUCGGGGUAAUGACGGCUGGUUUGGAGGCAACAAUAAGUCCUGGGGUCUGAGAUGUUCUCCUUCUUUCCUGUCUUUCCGGCACAACAACAUUAAGACUGAUCUCAGAGUUCCAUCAUCCCCCAGAAUAGGAGUGUAUGUGGAUCACAGUGCAGGAACUCUGUCCUUCUACAGCGCCUCUGACACCAUGAAGCUCCUCCACAGAGUCCACACCACAUUCACUCAGCCUCUAUACGCUGGGUUCUGGCUGCGCUGUUAUGGAUCAACUGUAAGGUUAUGUGAUCCAAAGGAUCCAAGUGAUGGCAUUUGAAGCUGCAGUUUAAUCAAGUAACAUGUUGAAAAGAUUGAAACCAGAUAAGUGACCAGUAGUCGGUAAUUUGCUACUUUAUUCAACGCUGUUUAAAUACUGAUGAAUCAGACAAAAUGAUUUAAUUUGUACGUCCCCAAAAAUAAUGUAAUGGAGUAAUAUGGACUGUAAUAAGUGUGUUAGAAGUAAAGUAUAAGCAUAUUCAUUCAUUCAUUUUCUACCGCCUAUCGAACGUCUCAGGCGUCAUCGGGCAUCGAGGCAGGAUACACCCUGGACAGAGUGCCAACCCAUCACAGGGCACACACACACUCUCAUUCACUCACACAC